AGAAAAAAAAUGGUCAGAGAUGAGGACCGGAAUAAUUUGGUGGGGAUAUUAUACACGUGUCUCGAAAAUUAUCCAACGUUAACGAUAUUCCCUUCAUUCUCCACGCCUCGCUGUUGAUUCGCAAUUAAUUUAAUUACGGCAAGUGGAAAAAAAAAAAAAAAGGGAAAGUACAUAGCCGCUCGGGAAUUAUCGUAAGUGCCUGAGAUUGCAAGCCGGCGUUUUGCUUGCUCGUUGACGUUUGCGGCAGAGAUCACGUGCGCCUGUCUUUUCCCCGCGUUGGGAAAUUGAAGAAAAACGAUAUGAAGAGCCGCGAGUAUUUGACCAAAUUUUUUUUCAUCCUUAUCUUAGCGUCUCACGGUGAAAGCCUGACGAUAGACAAUCAGCUUGUGAUAAUAGCAAACGAUUGCUACACGAGAAUAGCGAUAGGAUCGAUUCUACCCUCAAAAGACGUUGCCGCGAGUGUUGAGGCGAAGACUGUUUCCGAAUGCGAGGACGAAUGUUCGCGGCAAAGAAAUCUCUGCGAAAUAUUCAGCUACGGCAUCGGUCCGAAGGGAAACGCGUCUUGCCUGCUGGGAAACCGGAUACCAAACGGUGACGAGCUGAUCGCAGAUCCGGACUAUGACGUUUACCUCCGUCAGCAAAGCUCGCCGAGCUGCAUGCCGGACCGGGUUUACAAAUUGGGAAGCGGUGUGAGAAACCCGACGAUCAUGAAUGGCGCCUCGGAGACGCCGGUAAAAACCGACGAUGAUAAAGACACCGGGAAGAAGAGGAAGAACGGAAGAAGACCGAUCGGAACCAGCGUCGUUCCGGGACCAGCCGGUUUCGGGACCGUCACGAUUGCCGGAAAGCCCCCGGAUGAGGUCCCUUCACCCUUCGAACCCAACGCCGAUAAGAUGCCCGACGACGACCGGAAUUAUGGAAAUUAUCCGAUCAUCCAUCAGCCGAAUUUCAGCCCCGAUUACGACCAGGACAAUCCGAAUCCAAAUCCACCGUACACCGGUUACGGGAACAAAAACGUCGGUUACGGUGGCCCUGGAAAUUAUGCCGGGGAUUUUUACGGAGUGGAAGAAGAGUUUCCUCUCCCCGAUCGGCAUCAUCAGGACCGAGACUAUUAUCUGCAUAUCGUCGAACACGGGAAUCGACAUGAAAUGAACGGUUACAGGCCAACACCUGCUGAGUUCUCAUGCUACCGUAAAUUGUUCACGGGAAAAAGACUGGCCGAGAUUCACAUUCGAAAAGCCGUCAACUGUGAGAGGAUAGAAGAGUGCGGCAGAGAAUGCGACAGCGAAAAAGGGUUCCCUUGCGAAGGGUUCAACUACAGACACCCGGGAUCACGGAGUCGCCACGGGAUGUGCGAGCUGACGGCGAUGCGACCGACGCAAAUAGACUUCGGUCGCGACGUGGAGCACGAGCCUCGCUACGACUACUACGAGAGAGAGCAGGGCUGUCGGAACAACGCUAAUCGACGACCGCAGCGUCCGUCGUACGGCGAAGGCGGGAGCGGAUGGAUAGACGUGAGGCCCGGAUCGGUAUCAGGGCACGAGGAUAGACGUCCGUACCUGCCGGAGCGAGGGGACCAUAGAAGACCGAUCGAGGUGCCUCGUCCUUUGGUCCCUCAUCCUUUCCUCCCUGAGCCGAGGCCGCACCGUUUUCACGGUGAACCGCCACCCUGGCGUCCCGAAGGGUCGGACUACCCGCCGAUAAGCAUUCGACCGAUAGAGGACGAGGUCCGAUUCGAUUACCCGAGACCGGGACGACCCUACCUGCCCAAAGAACCCAACAGACCCGGGCCACCGAGUUACGGAUUCAGACCGCGUCCUCCGGACCUUGGUGCGAACGAAAUUCAACCGUACGACAAACCCGGGAGGAGAAAAGACACCGUUCACCAUUACUACUCCCAUGGAUGGGGGGGAGCCGAGAGUUACGGGGGAGCUUACGGCUACACCACGAACCACAUUGACGGUCACGAGCCACCGAAACGGGGUAACUUUUACGGUCAUGAGAAGAGACCGUUCGAGGGCGCGGCUGACGUCUACAACUACGGCGGGGCCUUCGGAUACGGGGACAACUACGUUCCAGGCGAUAGAGACGUCGGUUACGGGGGAACUUCUAGGCGACCCGAACACUGCUCGGUCAGGUCCGGGGCGGGGUUUAAACUGCGCAGAGGAAUAGUCAGGAAGAGUUAUCUUACGCCGAGUUUGGACCACUGCGAGAAUCUCUGCGCUAUUGAGAAGGACUGCCUCUGCGUGACCUUCAGCUACAGGUACAGCGUCACCGCUGAUGCGCCAACUGACAACUGUCUUCUCAGCGAGAUAUCCUACAGGGAUCUUGACUUUUACACCGACCUGGAACCCGACCGCGAUUACGACAUCUACUCGAUGACCGGAAAUGCAAAAUCGUGCGCCGAAAAGGGAGGACAAAUCAGCCACCGUCCCGCUGAAGAAGAGUGCUUCUGGCGAGUCAGAAGCGGCUUUGGAAUCCCGCCUGCAGCUCUGAGAAAAUCAUUCGCUGUUCACGGACUCGGGGAGUGCGAAGCCGCGUGUGUAGAUGCCGUUUCGUUUACGUGCAGGAGUUUCGUUUAUAGAUACGGCGAAAAACCGAUCAGAGACGGUGCUCCGAAUUGUUUCCUGAGCGACUGUCCAACCCAGGAAUUGGAUCCACUGUCUCUGAUUGAUGUUGAAGGUGCCGAAUUGUACCAGAGAGGAAGUUUCGGUCGAGGAUGUGAACCGUAUCCUUUCCCACCGCUGAAUCACCGUUGGCGAAAACCAGAGCCUAACACAAGGCCGACAAAACCGGACGAAGUGUGUUACGCGGAGUACGACAAACCGUGCAGAUUGACACCGAGCGCAGUGAUCCUGACGAUAUACGUCGACUCCGAGAUCGAGUGUCGAGAGCGAUGUUCAGAGAUGCGGUUGAGGGGUCGAGUGCCGUGCAUGGCGUUCAGCUACAGAAUUUCAGUCGACAGGGACGAGCACAACUGUUUCAUGAGCGACGUACCGCGUCGCGAUUUGCGUCCUGGAAUAGAUUACAUCCGUGGCGACGGUCACCUGCUUUUUGUGUGGAAGGAAUUCGAGCCUCAGUGCGACUCGGGCUACUCCGUAGGAAUAUACCUCGACGAUGACGAGGAUCAGGACCGCUACUUCCACCAUGAGAAACUUCCACCCCCACGCCGACCGGGCAUCGGCCACGAACCACCCAGGCCAGGUCCAAGCUCUCGUCCACAUAAUUCUCCCGGGCAUUACGACCCGUCGAGUGGAGGCGGUGGCUUCGACUUUGAGCCUAGACCAGGAAGACCUCAUGGGGGAGGUCGGUACCCUCCGCCAUCGGGUUUCAACGAUCAUAGAAACACCGGAAGACCCUACGGUACGGUUCCUAGACCCAAUGACGACGACGAAGGUUACUACAACCGCCGUCCAUUGAACCCUGAUAGACCAGACCCUGUCGGACCGAGUUACGGAGGUCAAUCUGGAGGAGGCGGUUACGGCGGAGGUUCCUUAUACGACACCGAAGAUCAAUACCACUUUUCGCACAAAUACGGAGGCUCAACGUUUCAGCACUUCACGGUAAACGGCCAGCCCUGCAGGCGGGGAACCAGAUGCGAGAGGAACAAAAUCGCCGGUUUCUGGUCCUGUGAGCCAGAAGGCGGUGAGUUUGGAAGCUGGGACUACUGCUGCGAGCCACAGCAUCACUGCGGUUAUUCGCAGGGUUACCAUUACCCAUGGUGCUACGUGGGGCCGGAUCAAGAACAGUGGAGGCCGUGCAGCGAGAAUUAUUACCCCUACCUGCCAAAUCCUCGGCCAGGUCGUCCGACGAGCGAUCGUUACGAGGAGGAAAAUCCUUACGGAGAAGUGCCGAGGCCGGGAUUACUCGGCAGACAUUGGCCUGUCGCUUAUCUGCACCGAGAGGCGCCGCCGAACGCAACCGACUCCUUGGCCACCGCAGACAACAGAAGAAACCGUGAGCUAAACGUUUCUCACGAGGAUCAGAGCUCGGCUGGAUCCGAAGGGAUCGAGUCGAAGGAUUCGCAGCUCCGGGGUAACCGGAACGUCGUCAUAGUCAAUGACGGCGGUACCGAGACUUCGCAUACUCGCUCAGGCAAGAUCGAAAGGAUAACCAGAUUCCGCGGGUCUGGAACUUCCGGAAGGAACGAGGAGUCCUCGAGUUUCUCCUCGUCGAUUAUCACGUCGAGUCGAGGCGGGGCGGGAAAUACGACGGGGAAAAUUCAGGACAACGAGGAUCGGGAGCUAGCCCAGAUACUGAGACUACGAGAUUCCUAUGACAGCGAUUAUGCGGUUAGGAACGAUUAUAACGAUACCGAUUCACCCUGGGUACCCGGAAGUGAUACUACGUUUAUAAAACUGCCAAUUAUAUCGCCGAAUAAAACUAGGGAGGAAGAAACGUUCGAGGAUUACUUCGAAAUCGUCAACGUCGAGUAAUUUGAAUAUCCAUGUUUGAUUCACGGGUUAAUUAUUUACAGAUAUGAGUUUUUAAUUGUGAGAAGGAAAAAACGAUGAGGAAAUUUAUGAAUUAUUUAUAUGGAUCAAUUAUAAAUUACGUAUUCAACGAAGCGAGUUUGUACCUCUUUUAUCUUUUCUGUUGUACGCGAAAUUGAGGAUUGAUUUUCGAAUGUAUUGACGACGAAAGUUAGAUAAGUAUAAUGUAAUACAAGCUUUGUACGCCCCUCGAGACGUUUCGAAGUAAAUAGAUUAGCUGUAUAUAAUAUAAUAUAAAUAUACGAUCGACAUACCCGUCUGUAUCCUAUUUAAUUAUUGUCCAAAAAAAAUUCAUUAUCCAUUUACUGACAUGGAAUCCUAAAUUUUUACCAACAAUUUUUCAUCCAUAGAUGAAUAGUCGAUAAAAAUGUUUCUUUUUACUAAAUAUCGCAUAAUCUAUCCACGCAUAAGCUCUCAAACAUAUUUAAUGUAAAUAAAUUACUCGGCGACAAAAGUUUUUUUUCAAAAAUCAAUUCAAUUUGAUACGAUAUAAUUUUUAAAGCUGCUAUAGCAAAUCUCCGAGAGCACCUUUAAAAAAAAGGCGUCUCGCGGCGAGCAGGAUACAUAUGUCUGGACUGAAUCAUC